GCAGCUAAAACUCAUGGCAGAGACAAAUGGACUACUUCACAUUUUCGCUUGUAUUGUCCUUUGUCUUGACAUGCAUUCAUGUCCUUCUUGUCACCAAAUCAAUUCGGCGGAGGUCUGGCACUGCCAGACUCCCACCGGGACCUUAUGCUUUUCCGGUGAUCGGAAACAUCUUAGCACUUGGCAAAAAACCCCAUGAGUCAAUAGCCACCCUUUCCAAAAGAUAUGGUCCUAUUAUGUGUCUCAAGCUAGGGAGCAUAACAACAGUAGUUGCAUCAUCCCCCAAAAUUACCAAAGAAGUGCUGCAAAAACAUGACCUGACCUUCUCUAGCCGGGCAAUCCCGGACGCCGCCAACACGCUCGACCACUCAACGGUCUCCAUAUUGUGGUCACCGGCAUCAACCCGGUGGCGAAAACUCCGAAAGAUAUGCAAAGAGUACCUGUUUUCAACCCAAAUCCUAGACGCUAGACAAUUCCUUCGCAGGAAAAAGGUACAAGAACUACUCAACUACGUGCAUGAAAGCUGCAUUAGGGGUCAGGCUGUGGAUAUUGGCCGAGCUGCCUUUACCACAUCCCUUAAUCUGCUAUCAAACACUUUCUUCUCUACUGAUUUGGCUCAAUAUCAAUCUAACUCGUCUCAAGAAUUCAAGGACAUUGUCUGGGCUGUGAUGGAAUUAGCUGGAAAGCCUAAUAUUGCAGACUAUUUCCCUCUACUUAAAUUGAUCGACCCACAAAGUGUUCGGCGACAGAUGAAAUUUUAUUUUGAGAAGUUGCUAGAGGUGUUUGAAGGAAUUAUCAACCAGAGGUUACAAUCAAGAGCUUCUUCUGUGUUGGGCAAUGAUGUAUUGGAUACCCUCCUCAAUCUCACCAAAGAUAACGAUACUGAGUUGAGCUGCAAUGACAUAAAGCAUUUGCUUCUGGACUUAUGUAUUGCAGGGACCGAUACAACAUCAGCCGUAUUAGAAUGGGCAAUGGCAGAGCUAAUGAAAAGGCCUGAAGCAAUGGCAAAAGCUAGAAAUGAGCUCGAAGAAGUCAUUGGCGGGGACGGACUAGUUCAAGAAUCAGACAUCCCACGGCUCCCUUACUUGCAAGCAGUAGUAAAAGAGACCUUCCGGUUGCACCCAGCUGCCCCGUUUCUAGUUCCCCACAAGGCCGAAGCUGAUGUAGAAAUAUGUGGCUUCACUGUGCCCAAAAAUGCACAAAUCCUUGUUAAUGUUUGGGCUAUGGGGCGCGAUCCAAGCAUAUGGUCAAACCCAAGUUCAUUUUUGCCGGAAAGGUUCUUAGAGCCCAAAACGGAGUUGAGAGGCCAAGAGUUUGAGUUCAUUCCCUUUGGUGCAGGGCGAAGGGUGUGCCCCGGAAUGCCAUUGGCCUCUAGGAUGGUGCACCUCAUGUUGGCCUCUCUUUUGCACUCUUUCCAUUGGAAGCUUGAAGAAGGGAUGAAACCAGAGGACAUUGACAUGAAUGACAAGUUCGGGCUUGCAUUGCAGAAAGCCAUGCCUCUCAAGGCUAUUGCAAUUAAGCUGUGAUUGUCAUUUCUCAUUUCGAUCUGUACCCUUGGAAUUUUUCAAGACACUAUAGAUCCGUGUUAUGUUAUGGUGGAGUAAGGCGAGUGUUCGUUGCACUUCAGCUGUUAACUAAAUGGCCUUUUAUGUUUUUUAUUUGUUCUCCAAAAAUAAUCUAAAUAAAUAUAUCUUUAUCUUGGACUUUUCAUCAA